GGCGGCGGGCGGGCAAGCGCGCGCGGGGCCGCGGAGAGCCAGGCCGCGACCGGAGCCCGCAGGAGCCCACGAGGCUCGAGUCCUUGGCCCUGCAAAACAAUGCGCGGCGCGCGGAGGAGCUCUACUGGCCCGGGGCGGCGGGGACGCGCGGAGCCCUCUUGAGCCCGCGCCACUGACCUCCCCCUCGCACAGACGGCCCGAGCGCCGGCUGCCGCGCUCCCAGCUCGCGGGGGCCGGGCCGAGCCGCGGGGCGGGGCCGCCCCUCCGUCGCCGCUGCCUCCUCCCCCACCGCCGCCGCGGAGGAUGCGGACGGCCCCCGGCGGCGUCUAGCGGCCCGGGCCCGGCACGAUGGUGCAGCAGCGGGGCGCGCGGGCCAAGCGGGACGGCGGGCCGCCGCCCCCGGGGCCCGGGCCGGCCGCCGAGGGGGCGCGCGAGCCAGGCUGGUGCAAGACCCCGAGCGGCCACAUUAAGCGGCCGAUGAACGCGUUCAUGGUGUGGUCGCAGCACGAGCGGAGAAAAAUCAUGGACCAGUGGCCCGACAUGCACAACGCUGAGAUCUCCAAGCGCCUGGGCCGCCGCUGGCAGCUGCUGCAGGACUCGGAGAAGAUCCCGUUCGUGCGGGAGGCGGAGCGGCUGCGCCUCAAGCACAUGGCGGACUACCCGGACUACAAGUACCGGCCUCGCAAGAAGAGCAAGGGGGCGCCCGCCAAGGCGCGGCCCCGCCCCCCCGGAGGCGGCGGUGGUGGCAGUCGGCUGAAACCCGGGCCACAGCUGCCGGGCCGCGGGGGCCGCCGAGCGUCGGGAGGACCUCUGGGGGGCGGCGCGGCGGCGCCGGAGGACGACGACGAAGACGAAGAGGAGGAGCUGCUGGAAGUACGCCUGCUGGAGACCCCCGGGCGCGAGCUGUGGAGGAUGGUCCCGGCGGGGCGCGCCGCCCGCGGACCCGCGGAGCGCGCGCAGGGGCCAUCCGGCGAGGGGGCGGCCGCCAGCGCCGCCUCUCCGACCCUGUCCGAGGACGAGGAGCCGGAGGAAGAGGAGGAGGAGGCGGCUACAGCAGAGGAGGGCGAAGAGGAGACGGUGGUAUCUGGGGAGGAGCCACUGGGCUUUCUGUCCAGGAUGCCCCCGGGCCCCGCCGGCCUGGACUGCAGUGCCCUGGACCGUGACCCGGACCUGCUGCCCCCUUCGGGCACGUCACAUUUCGAAUUCCCGGACUAUUGCACCCCCGAGGUUACCGAGAUGAUCGCAGGGGACUGGCGCUCGUCUAGUAUCGCCGACCUGGUUUUCACCUACUGAGCCCACCGUCAGCGGGGCGCGCACGCCCCCAAACCAGCUGUUUACAUACAGGAAUCAGGUAUUGGGGCCCCUCGGAGGCCGAGGCUGGCACCCCAUCUCCCGCGCAGCCUCCCCCCUCCUAGUUGUGCCCAUCCCCCCACAAAUCCAGACAUACCCCUCCCCCGCAGACACACCCCAAGGCAGCCCAACCCCCACUUUCUCCCUGACAUCUAAGCCCCUCCCCAUUCAGUCCUGUCCCGCGUAGCCACCAGCAGCCAGCCCCCCUCGGAUACACCUCGUUCCUCCUACAUACCUUAACCCCUCCCCCUCACUUUGCACACGCCCCUCCUCGUGUCCGGACGGCACGCCCCUUCGCUCCAGAAUCCCUCCGCCCUCUCCUGGGCCUGCCUUGGUAGUUAAGGGGGCGCUGCAGUCUAGCGGUUCAGCGCUCCUCCCAGUCCCCUCCUCUUCUGGGGGGGAAGGGAGCCAUCCCUCCCCCCCUGGAUCUCAAGGCCCCACCCCUCAGCUUGAACCAUCCCUCCCCCCCCUUCUUGCGCAUGCUUGAUGCUUCUUGGAGGGGGCAGGUCCCAGUUAAGCUGCAGGCCUCUGUUGCCAACUCCGAAAGGGAGGGGGCGAUUAUAGAGUGAUCUAAGAAAUCCUUUGAUCCCGAAGCCUGUAGCUUACUCUCAACCCAAAGGGGCGUCACUGCCUUAAUGGGAGGCGCACUCAAAGGGAGAGAUAGAAACUAGCUAGCCCUAAACUCUGCAAGUGUCAACCCCUUUUCUAUGAAGGGGUCACCCACGCCCACCACCACCCUCCACCGCGUGACUGCCUUUACAGCCCAUCUUGGUCGCCGGAAACUUGAUUUCCCCAAGUGGGAAUUUAGAAUUCGGUCUUUGGAAAUCCACCAAGAUGGGAUUGUCCAAGAGAACUCAGAACCAAGACACCUACCAGUCUGGGGACAGAGUUCCUGCUGCCCCCUCAAUCCCCCUCCUCGGGAAGCGCCCUAUCAGCUCAGGGCAUCCUCUCUGCCUGGGCUCCUCCCUAAGUCCAUCACCCCUUCCUAUCACUCAAAUCCAGUCUCAGCAACCACAACUGCAGUAUUCAGUGGGAGAAACUGAAGCACGUUGUUGCUAGGGUUUAGGACAGGCAUACCAGCAGCCGGGUGGCAAGAAUGAGGACCAUGUCUAAACAAACUUGGCUUGAGGAGAGACCAGGCCAGGGGACGGUGGCAGAGCUAGUAGUGGACUUGGGUGCUUUGCACCUCGGUCUGCCCUUGUGAGAAAUGGGGUGGCACUGCUGUAGUUAGGAAGCUGUGUUGAGAUUAGGUUGCCAAGUCUGCUCCACUGGUCUCCCGCUCCAGCCCCGCCCCUCCAGCCUCCCCAUCCUCCCUCUGCCCUCACUACCUGUAUCUCACCGGCGUGUGUCCACCCUCUGGGUGGUUCACACACACUCAUUCACACACACACAAAUCUCAGGAACAAACGGUCCCAGAGUCCUCCUCGACCCCUGCCCUGGGUCUCUGCAGGUCUCUGCCCCACGCGUUCCCUUCGCUGACAACGCCACCAGCUGCCUCCUUUAAAGCUUGGUGCUCCGGCUCUGGGCCUUUCUUGCGCUCUUUCUCUAUUUCUCUUUCUGUUUUCUUCCUUUUUUUUUUUCUUUUUUUCUUUUUUAAGAAAACAAAACAAAAAAAAAGACAAUGAAAAAAAAAAAAACGGAAAACGUCAUGUGAGUGAAGAGAUGUCACUGUCUGUGGUCUUUGGAGAACUAGUCUCGUAGCUGAGGGGAGGGGAUUCCCUCCUCUGGGGCGCUGGCACCCACAGCAGGACUCGCCAGUCUGAUGCCAGGACUGAAUAAAGUGUAUUUGCCCCGACCUUGCCCUGUGGUUCUGCAUGUGUACUUCUCACCCUGGCCAGCUUCAAAGUGCCUAGAGUAUGGGCUGGUGCAGGGAGAACGGGUUCUCUUUACCCCUGGCCAGCUUCAAAGUGCCUAGAGUAUGGGCUGGUGCAGGGAGAGCGGGUUCUCUUUAGGCCUCUGUUAUCCUCUAUCUCAGGAAUCCCUGCCUUCAUUAAGAAUGGCAAACUCAUCUUCACAGUGGCUAAGCAUCGUAACUGGGAGGACUGGGGUGGGUGCUGAUGUCACAGUGCAAGGGUGCAAGCCUCUGUAGACAGCCAUAUAUUCCAAGAGAUGCAGGAAACCAGUCAUUGUGCUUGUUAAGUCUCAUUAGGUCAGACGAGACAAGCAUGCAUGCAGGCAGGACUGAUCAUCCGGGGUCAAUUCCACUGUUUAAUAAAGGAUUGGGAAGCAAAAUUGGUAGCUUUGCUCAGAGCCUAUGUUCUGAGCAGCUCUACAGUGUGUGUCUUCUAAGGAUCAACAUGGUAUUUUCAGUGGGAAACCAUGCUUGAGGUAAGCAGUAUUUAAGGUGGUGUGCUCCAUAAAUUGUGUUCCUUCAUUUCCAGAGUAGGAAGCUGGGGAGAGGGGUCCCCAUCAAGCAACCAUGGCUAGAAGUAUUCUGAGGUAUCCCUCAAAUGUGUUGUCCCAUGCUGAGAGGUGGCCUAGGACCUGACUUACAAGGGCCUGCAGUGUAAGCCUACCACAGGACCAGAGGGCAACAGACCGAGAGUUUUCUCCUGAGGUUCUACUCAGUUCUUCCUCGGCGCAUUCGUUGUACCUUUCUCCCCCAUGCGUUGCCUUGUCCAGUGAAUGUCACUGCUCAAGAAACGCCCAUUUUCCUAAUAAGCCAGGACUGGGUGUGGAUCUUUUCAGGGCAUCUUCUCUGCUUCUGGUUGGAAGCAAACUGGGAGGAAAUCAUGAGUAGAUAACAUUGAGAAAGGGAGGACAGGGCCUGUGCCAAACAGAAGUCAGUUCAAGGAAGGGUUUCUUUCCCUAGACCAUAGGAAACAGGGUCAAUGAAUAACCUCCAGCAAGGUCAGCCCCUGAAGUCGGUCUGCCCAAGGCCACACCCUUCCCCCUGGUAGGCCUGCCCCAGUGUCUAAGCUAGGUUGUUUUAGUGCUUUGUGGGGCAAACUGUCAAGCAUUUCUUCCACCAGACUCCCCUGUGGUCCCUGUGCAGGGACCGGCCAGGGCUUUGUCAGACUGCCUUCAUGCCCAACACUGCCUUUUUUCCACAGGUGUUUAUCCUAAUAAACGUCUUAACACCCAAA